UUGGUUGCAUAUAAUCAGAUGCUUAGAAUGGCAAUCACUGAUCAAUUGAAGGGUCAGUUUGGCAAUCUUGAUUACAUACUUUAUGUAACAAUUGUUGUUUUACGUGAUCUCUUGUGUUCAAACCUCUUGAUCACCAAGAGUGUUGUUUUUGGCUUCUGGAGAAGAGUCGAAGUAUGUGUAGAAGUAAAACAGAGGGAACUUCCAAUGACACGGUACUUGCAACAGAAGGAAGACAAAACCUCGUCUCAAUGA